AUGAUUCUAUCGAAAAUGCGCGAACAUGCUGAAGAGAUGGGAUUGAAUGGUGGUGAUAUGCAAGUACACGUCAUUGAAGUAAAACCUAUCCCAACUGAUCAGGUAAGAGUUGCUUAUGGAGCUAACCCAAAUGGUAACCGACAUGAACAUGGAUGGCAUUGGGACCGUGAAAAUAUUCGCCCAUCACCAUGGAUGAAACCAGUCGAGAGAUUUAAUCGAUGGGAUGCACCACAAUUCGUACAUGACAAUGAGGUAUUCGGACCUGUUUGGGAUGCUCCUGAAGAAGAACCCCAGAUGAGAAUUACUCACCAUUUUGACAAGGACAGCCAGACUCCACAACGUGUCGUGACCGAGGUAUUCGGAGAUAAUGCACCUGAAGUUAUUGGACAUAUCCUAGGACAGAAAAAUGCUCAAGCUCAGCUACAAUUCCAACAGCAGCAACAGCAGCAAGAUCUUUUCCUACAACAACAGCAACAAGCCCAACUUCCACAAUGGCCUCAUCCAUGGGUUCAUCCACUUCCAUUCCAUCAACCUCCACCCCCACAAGCCCAACCAUGGGUUAUGCCUCAGCCUCAGCCUCAGCCUCAGCCCCAACCUCAACCUCAAUUCUGGGAACAACGAUUCGAGCCACCUAUGCCCGUUCAGGCACAACCUCAGCAACCAGUGGUUCUGUUCUUCAACCAGCCUGGACCUCAGCCGCAAGCGCCAUUCCAACAGGUGAGUAGGUCCGACAACAUGUGGUAUACGCAACUACCAGCACAGCAAUUCCAACCUAGCAUUGGCCAGCAGAAUCAGUUCCCCUUUCCCGUUCAGAACCAGGCCCCGAUUUUUCCCCAGCCAUUUAUCCCGGACAUUAACAACAAUGUGAAUGCUUUCAAUGAUAACAACAUCAACCCCAAGCCUUGGUACAUGAGCGGUGAUGAUCAGAAAUGGCAACAAACCUGGGAGAACACACCUAUUAAGAUCGAAUUCAACCCACAUCCAGCUGCUGCCGCUCCUUGGGUAGAGAACAGCGCAGCCGUUGCUGAACAACAUCCGGCUCUGCCUCCAGCAUCA